CGGUCUUAAACGUACUGGUAGUAGUCUGUGCGGCGGCACCACAGCGUCGAUCAUGAAAUGUCAUCUCUGUAAACAUUUUUAAAAAGUUUUGUGAUAAGGGCUUUACUUUCUUUCUUUUUUUUUUUUUUUUUACAAGACCAACACUCAAGUCCUGUUUUCCCGAGCAGACUUUCCGGAACACAGCAGCUGUCCCAGACGGUCCAUGGUGGUAGAACGAGUGAGCCCAUCUUGCAGCCAGCAUGGCGCUGGUUCUGCCCGUCUCUGCCGAGCCCCGUGACCCAGGCCACAGUGCACGAUCACGCAGGCGACACCGCUCAGGCCCCUCACCUCCGACCGCCACUCUAGACCGCGUGGGCUCGGUUGGCAGCCUGGUGGCGGCAGCGGCGGCCCACUCCGGCGUGGAGCUCGGAGCACGGGAGUCUCCUCUGGAACGCUUCCUGCAAACCGGCAGUCCUCCAGCCAAUAGGACAUCCAGUAAGGGGCAGGAGAGCGGGAAGUGGGACUACGUCGAUGACUGGACCGACGGCCACGCUGCCAGCCCAACGAAUUACCAAGACGGGACGAAAGAAGGCCUGAAUGGGCGCGUGGGGGGGCCACCGCCACGACUCGUCCCUGUGUCAGGAAAACUGGAAAAGAACAUGGAGAAAACGGUGCUGCGACCCACCGCCUUCAAACCCGUCGUGCCCAAGAGCCGCACCCCAAUGCGCUACCUCUCCCCCCGACACGGCGCCAGUGGACCAGAUGGCCAAAGCAACCUGAACCUGCUCAGCCCCGCCCAUCGGGAACUGUCGCCUUCCGGCUCAGAGAAGCGCAGCUCGUACAGUGCGGGGCGAAACGGCGGCGGAAGCAGCAGCCACUCCUGCUCGCUGUCUGACUCGGGCCGCAACUCACUCUCCAGUCUGCCACCUUACGGUGGCCUGGCAUCGGGAGAGGUGGUGGCUGCAGGUCACCUGGAGGCGACCAAGAGCGCCCCCUCUGUCAGUGUGCAUGGACACUCCAACUCGGACAGCGGGCGCUCGUCCUCCAGCAAGAGCAGCGGGUCCAUCAGUGGGCGAGGUCAGCCGCUGUCUGAAUGCGGGUCCGGUGGGCGCUCCCCAGGUCCAGUGGAGGGCUAUGAGGGGGUGGUGAGGGACCUGGAGGACAAGCUGAGGGAGAGAGAGGAGGAGCUCCAGCAUCUCAGAGAAAAUCUGGAUGAGAACGAGGCCGCCAUUUGUCAGGUCUACGAGGAGAAGCAGAAGCGUUUCGAAUUAGAGCUGGAGGAGCUGAGGCAGAGCUGCGCCACUAGGAUGCAGACGGCCUCUCAGAAGGCGCAGCGAGCCCAGCAGGUGCUUCAGAUGCAGGUCCAUCAGCUCCAGCAAGAAAAGAAAAAGCUUCAGGAGGACUUUGGCCAGCUUCUGAAGGAGAGGGAGCAGCUGGAGGAGCGCUGCACCUCCUAUGAGCAUGAGAAGAUCCAGCUGGGACCUCGACUGGAGGAGAGCAAGUGGGAGGUGUGCCAGAAGUCAGGAGAAAUCUCCUUGUUGAAGCAGCAGCUGAAGGAGGUCCAGGGGGAGUUAGCGCAGCGUGUGGGGGAGAUCGUGUCACUGCGGGGUCAGCUGCGCGAGACUCGUGGCGAGCUGACCAACACGCAGGCCCUCCUGCAGGAGGCCAGCGCCGCUGCCCGCACGCGCACUAUGGAGCUGGAGGUGUGCGAGAACGAGCUUCAGCGCCGCAAGAGCGAGGCCGAGCUGCUCCGGGAGAAGGCGGCGCGCCUGGAGGGAGAAUUAGCGCGCCUCCAAGACACCCUCGCCGCUCAAGGUCCGGGAAGUAGACAGUGUCAAGUGUUCCAGGAGGAUCAAGAUGGCGAACAGAGCCUGUCGGAGCGCUUGAGAGCCGAGCUGGCUCUGGAGCGCCAGCGGGCAGAGCAGCAAGCUGGCGGCUUCGAGGAGGAGCGCAUGGUAUGGCAGGAAGAGAAGGACAAAGUGGUCCGCUACCAGAAGGAGUUGCAGCACAACUACGUCAACAUGUACCGCAGGAACCACGAGCUGGAGCAGAUGCUGCGGGAGCUCAGCCAGGAGCUGGAGAACAGAGACGACGACGAGGGCAGUGGAAACGAGAUCAUUUUUGACGAUGUCGCCGCCACCGAAAUUUGACACUCACAGCCCCCCGUUUUUGUAAUUUUCUUGCAGUGUCAGUCGCACGUCGCAGAUCUUCCCUGUUUCUAAGCAAUGAGUAAGUCGACCUGUCACCCGCCUGCUCCUGCACUCAUGAGGACUUCACACUCCCACUCCGUGUCGGCCGUAAGCGCACAGCCCAUGUUCUAUGCACGCAAACAUGGCCGACCCGGCAGCGGUGAGGGCAAGUGAGUCAGCAGCGAGUUGUUGCAAAAGCUGACGUCAGUGUCGUUUAAUGCAGUUUAUCAUGUGGCCUGCAUAAAAAAACCCCCCAUCAAACUUGAUCACCAUGCUGCAAAAUAUUGUGUUGCCUUAAAGGAGCGCCUCCACUGUGGCGCCAUCUUGUUACGCUGACAAACUGCUGCAGUCAAUUCACCUGCUUUCUAUGAAUACUUGAAGAAUUUAAAUAGUUGCUUCUCCGAAGAGCAAAUACUUUAAGAUGGCUCAACUUUGACCUGUUCCAUCCCCAAAAGAAGAGGAAGACUUUGCUUUGUUUUCUGACUGCUGAUUGGGUCGCCAUUGUAAAUAAAUAAGUCAGAGUAAACAAAGAGCCACUGUGAAUAGACCAAAGAAAUGUUUUAAUGUUUUGUUCCGUUUCAUCUUAUUCGUUUAUUUUCACUCAGUUUUUAUUAAAAGUUAUAUUGAAUGUUUGUGUUAUUUCGUCCUUGGGAGGCACUGACGAAAACUGGUUUAAUUUUUGUUUUGGUUUGUGCUUUGUGGUUACAAUUGGCAUGAAAGCGCUGAGCUGCCCCCAUGUGGCCAAACAUUUGCUUGUAAGUUGAGUUUGAAUGUCAAGCAUCGCCUUUCAUUGCUUUUCAUUGUUGAAUUGUUUUAACUAUAUUUCUUCAUGAUCUAAUGACAAAACUAAGCUGUGAAAGUGUACAAUUUGAUACUGAUGCAAAUGAGUUUUCUUUUUUGGGCUGUUUGUGUUCACCAAGCGUUGGGUUGUUCACCCACUAAUAGGGAACGUGACCGUCGUGAGGCAGGUUAGUUUUUCCCUACUUAGGAUGUGUUGUUGCAAUAGUAAUUCUGCAGGUGGUGUGCUUCACGGACUGACCACUAGAGGGUUGUCAUGAGGGAUCACCACCUUGUGUUCUUUUCAAGGCUUGUGGGGCAUUUUGACCACCAGCACCAUGGGGUUUUUGGCCUUGUUACUGAAGGCCUUCCGUAUGAGGUCAACGGCGUGCAGAUGGGUGACGCCUCGCAGGGAAACGCCGUCGACGCUCACCAGCUCGAACCCUGCCUGGAGGGCAAGAGCAGGAGAGGUCACAGAUACACGUACAGCCCAUCUCGCGUGUUGUGUAUCACUUCCUUACCUUGAGCACCUCACAGGUGGAGGCGGCUCCUCCAGGGAAGAUCUUUUCCACCUUCACCACCGGCUGAACCCUGGACUCCAUCCCGCCAGAUAUGCUGAUUCCUGAAAACAUCCAUUGAAAGUUCAGAUCUACUUAGGCGUUACUUCUUCAGGUUCAAAGAUACUAUGAUAUAUCAUAGAUGU